UCUGUUGAUGUUCUCGGCUGGUGUCCGUCAGUGUGGGAGAUGGUGAGGCUCUCAGAUGGAGGCAGUGUAUGAGCAGGUCCAUGCAGGUCAUGAUGUGGAGGAAGACCAGGUAGGAGCAGAUGAAGCCAUGCUGUGGUCCAUCCAGGAGGCUCUGGAGAGGCAGACCCUACAGAUUGGAGCAUCAGCCUGUGGGGCCACGGCGGUGGUGGACGUGCUGAAGGCCCUCGGCGUGGAUGUGGCCCCUGAGGAAGCAGACCGCUGUGUCCAGACCCGCCUGAGGAGGAACGAGUCACCGCUGCCGGACUACCUGCUGUCCCGGAGCGAAGCCGGUGCGACUCACACUCAGCUCAUCCAGGGAGCAGAGAAGGCCAGUAAGGGGAAGGUAAUGGGUCGCUUCUUCCACCUUCACCCUCGGCGGCUGGUCAGACUGGUCCCCUGGUUGGCGCGCUGGAUUCGAAGCGGCGCUGUUCCCGUGGCGACAAUGAACAUGCAGCUGGCCGUACCCGAGGGAGAGGAGGUGCCCGACGCCUGGCACCAUCAGCUCAUAUUUGGCGUGGCACCGAAUGCUGUUUUCAUGACCAAUCCUUUAGAUGUGGUAAGCGAGGGAGAGUUGCACCAGAGGCUCUGCAGUGAGUCUGUGUUGCUGAUUCGUCGAGAAGAUGUCCUGCAGCGGCUGACGCCAGAUUGCUGUCUGUCCAACUUGUCUGACCCGCGGUGGACAGCCCUGGAUAUUGAGGGUCAAGUAAAACAGAUGCUCCUGGAAGAGGAAGAAGAUGGAGCCAAGUUAACACACAUCACCAUCCCUGCAGCGUACAGCUCAGGCAUCACUCUCUUCGCCCUACGACAGUCAGAGUUAGGACAGGAACUCCUCAAUGCUCCUGAUCUCCCUUUGUUGUGACUGGACUGACACUUAUUUAUUGUGAUAUGAAAAAUAAAAAUCAUAACCUAACUUUAUUGAUCCUGGUGUUUAGGAUCAGCAGAUAUCCACCCUGCUGGAGUGACUGUCCUGGAAGAGAUGCAAGCAAAAGGAAGAGAGUGACCAACCAGAUAUCACGCGAUUAAUGGCAGGUUGAGUCACAUAAACAUUUACCCAGUGACAAAAGAUAUCACAGAUUUGUGCAGGAGAUAAAAAGGGAAUAUAAAAACAUGCUUUCAAACGAAACAACCACAAAAAUCAAUUACGUGGCUCCAAACCUGCACGAUCAAUCAUUUUUAUGCCAUUAAUGCACAUUUCUAUAACUGAUGCCCCUAGUUUAGUAGAACAGUUUAGUGACUGUUAAUUACUUGAAUAAAGUGUGUUUCAAUAAUGGGAGCUGACACUGCAUUGAUGAUUGUAACCACUUCCCCUCAUCUGCCUCUUGCUUUAAGCAGAAUUAAAAAAGUAGAUCCCAUCAGCGCGUUUGGCCACUUCACACCGUCUUCCAGUUAACUUUCGGAUUGACUUUCAGAGCGUAUUGAUUUCUAUCGAAGCAGUAAAUGGCUGAGCUCCAGCUUAUAUGUCAGAGCUGUUAUGUCCUGAUGCUCCAAAGCUUAUAUCAGCAGUCUCUUCUGAUUGCUCUGAGGGCCACAUUAAGCACUAAAGGUGUUAGAGUCAUUGCAGCCAGGGUACUUAGAUUUUGGCACAAUUAAAGAAAAAUGUCAUCUGUUUUCCCCAAGAGGCAGCUCGCUCUCCCACUCGCUGGAUCCUGUGUUUCAGUUAAAGUAGCCACAGAGUGAAAAAUCCUUACAAAUGUAGGUGACAGGAGCAAUAUCAAGUAAUGCGUAGCAGCAUCAAAUUCUACUUACAUACACAGGUUGGAGCAGAGUGGUCGCUGUGAUGUGAUUAUAUAUUUUAUUCUUGUAUGAUUAAUAGUGUGUUUAGGUGAGAGCAGCUUUUUACUGCUGGAGCUUGUUGAGUUGGAGCUCAUUUAACAACUUUCUAAAUAACUAAAGCAAUGCAUCACUGUUUGAGAUGUUCAUGAAAGGUUUAAUAUGUAAUCUGAUAAGUAGUUAAAUGUAGUAGAGUCAACUGAAGUAAUUAGUCACUCUCCGUCACCGCUUUUGGUCGCACUUGUGACAAAUAACUUCCUUAAACGGGAGCUUCUACCAAAAUUAUCAAAGUUUCUAUUCCCCAAAGUCUGUUUCCUGUCUUUGUUGUCGUCAGUGGAGGAAUGUAACUAAGUACAUUUACUCAAGUAGAUUUUUGCACAGAAAUAUAUGGAAAUGUACAAUUAAUUGAUUGAUAGAAAGUUAACUGGCAAUUAUUUUGCUAAAU